UUUGUAUAGCAACAGUUGAGAAGUUCAGACAACAGUUACCGACAGGUCCACACGAUGAUUUAGCUCAGCUAGAAACGGACUUUCGGCAUUUCUGCAAAAAUCAGCCCACAGGAACAAAGGAAAACAGAUUUUGCUAUUUUCUUGGGGCCACUGAAGAUGCGGCAACUAGAACUGUGGGCAACUUGAUCAGACCUUUGAGUUAUGGCCUCCCUUCUGACAAGAUCUGCAAUCAGCUGAAGUCCAUGGAUUCCCAGAUUUGCGAACUGCGGUUUGAUGUCAAACCAGACUUUACACAGCUGGGUAAGAUGAAAGUUGGAGAUCUCCGGAAGAUUUUAUCCGGUUGGGGUGAAGGCAUGGCUUGUGCAGGAUGUGUGGAGAAAGCUGACUACGUCAAGGCAGUUAGACAAUUCCUGCCCAAGUAUGAACCAGAGGAAUGGCAGAAGAUUCAGGCAGCAGAGAAGUCAGAACUGUGA